AUGGCCACGACUGCCUCUUUCCCGACCGCUACAGCGUUCUACGCUAAUCUUUCUCGUUCCUCCUCAGGAUCUUCUUUACCCAUUUCCAUAUUCUCCACUUCCUUUUCCUUAACUCCCAAGAAACCCUCUUCCCACUUACGCAACAACCCUUACUCCUCUUCAGAAGCUUCUCAAGUGAUCCCCACUCAAACAGUAGACGACUUUGUCUCCCGGUAUGGCCCUAAAGAGCCACGCAGAGGCGCCGAUAUCCUUGUUGAAGCCCUCGAACGACACGGUGUAGACACUGUCUUCGCCUAUCCAGGCGGUGCUUCUGUAGCCAUCCACCAUGCGCUCACUCUCUCUUCCACCAUCCGUACCGUCCUCCCUCGCCACGAGCAAGGCGGUAUUUUCGCCGCGGAAGGUUACGCACGCUCCUCCGGGAGAUCUGGCGUCUGUAUAUCCACCUCUGGUCCUGGAGCCACAAACCUUGUCACCGGUCUCGCAGACGCUUUGUUUGAUAGCAUCCCUCUCGUUGUAAUAACCGGUCAAGUCCCUCGCCAUAUGAUCGGCUUAGGUGCGUUCCAAGAGACGCCAAUAGUUGAAGUAACACGUACGAUCACAAAACAUAACUAUCUUGUGAUGCACGUUGAGGAUAUCCCUAGGGUUAUAGAGGAAGCUUUCUUUCUAGCUACUUCGGGUCGUCCCGGACCCGUUUUGAUUGAUGUACCAAUGGAUAUUCAGCAACAGCUCGUAGUUCCUGAUUGGGAACAACCCAUGAAGCUAACUGGUUACUUAUCUCGAAUGCCUAAACCGCCGGAUUUAUCUCAACUAGAGAAAAUCGUUAGACUAAUUUCGGAGUCUAGGAAGCCAGUAUUGUAUGUUGGUGGUGGAUGUAUGAGCUCGAGCGACGAAUUGAUCAAAUUUGUGGAGCUUACUAGAAUCCCGGUUGCUAGUACGUUGAUGGGUCUUGGAGCUUACCCGUGUAACGAUGAUUUGUCGUUAGGGAUGCUUGGAAUGCACUGUACAGUGUAUGCAAAUUACGCUGUUGACGAAAGUGAUUUGUUGCUUGCUUUCGGGGUUAGGUUUGAUGAUCGUGUCACGGGUAAGCUCGAGGGUUUCGCUAGUCGAGCUAAGAUUGUUCACAUCGACAUUGACUCGGGUGAGAUUGGGAACAACAAGACGCCUCAUGUAUCUCUUUGUGGAGACAUUAAGUGGGCUCUUAAAGGGAUGAACAAGAUUCUUGAGAAUCAUCAAGAGCUCGAUUUCGAGGUUUGGAGAAAGGAGUUGAAGGAGAAAAAGGACAAGUUCCCAUUAAAGUUCAAAACAUUCGGAGAAAUCAUUCCUUCACAAUAUGCAAUCCAGCUUGUUGAUGAGUUAAGUAAUGGGAAUGCUAUUAUAACGACAGGAGUAGGGCAACAUCAAAUGUGGGCUGCUCAGUUUUACAAAUACAAGAAACCAAGACAGUUUCUGACUUCAGGAGGUCUUGGAGCCAUGGGUUUUGGAUUACCUGCAGCUAUAGGAGCGGUUCUUGCAAACCCUAAUUCCAUUGUUGUGGACAUAGACGGUGACGGGAGCGUCAUGAUGAAUCUUCAGGAGCUAGCCACAAUCAAAGCUGAAAAUCUUCCUGUGAAGAUACUUAUACUAAACAACCAGCAGCUUGGUAUGGUACUACAAUGGGAAGAUAGAUUCUCUAAAGGCAAUAGAGCGCAUACGUUUUUAGGAGACCCGUCAAAAGAAAACGAGAUCUUCCCGGACUUUUUGUGCUACGCAAAAGAAAGUAACAUACCGGCAAAGAGAGUGUCGAAGAAAGAAGAGCUUAAAAGUGCAAUACAUAAGAUGCUUACUACGCCGGGUAGGGUCCUUACUUGUUAG